AUGGCGCAGACCGCUCAGUUACAGCCCCUCGACGGUGGCCGCGACAGCGAUGAACGACCCACCGGACCUCCGUUGCCCAAGCCCAUCGCCGAGGGCUCGCCGUCGUCAUGGAGCUACUUCUUUAUCCGCCUCUUGUUCGUCUUUGUCUUGCGCGUAUUCUAUUCCAACGUCGUCGUUGAGGGUGUGGAGAACAUCCCUCAGGAUGGUGUACCUUGGUGAGGGCCCUCGCUAUCGUGGGCCAUGUCGGGAUCCACUGGGGAGGCGUCUCGUUGCUGAUCGCGAGUCACAUUGAUUGUUGACUUUCAGUAUGCUCUGUGCGAAUCAUUCAAACUCCUUGACGGAUGCUCUGCUAUUGGUGACGACCGUUCCGACCUGGGUAAGAUCACUACGAGAUGCUCCACGCUUCGAAACACGCUGACGCCGUCGGUCCCCGGUACUCGCACAGAAACGAAGGCUACUCCGGUUGACCGCCAAGGAUAGUCAGGUACGCUUCGUGAGACAGUGCGUCGCCUAUGAGCUUUCGUUACGAUAUGCUUACCGUCUCAUGCUCGUAUACCCGACUUCAGUUUGGACGCAAGACUUUCACGUCUUGGCUCAUCGAAUCGGCUGGAACGGUGCCGAUCAAGCGGCAAAAGGAGCACGGCAAAGCCGGCACGACCGUCGACAACUCGGCCGUGUUUGAAAAGCUCAUCGAUGCACUCGGAAAGGGCGACAUGGUAUGCAUCUUCCCCGAGGGGAUGUCGAGGUAUUAUCCUCAGAUCGCGCCGCUUAAGCAAGGUGUGGCCAGGAUUUUGAGCGACACCUUGACCCGGCACGAGCACCAGCAAGAUUUCAAGGUCGCCGUCCAGACGUGUUCCAUCACGUAUUUGCAUCGAAACCUGUUCAGGUGGGCCACAAUAUGCUAUCAUGUGUGCAUCCAUAUUCGGUGGACGCUGAAGUAUUGCUGAGGUCGUUAGAUCCGAUGUCUUGGUCACUUUCCACCCCCCGAUCAUCGUCACACCCGAGACCCAUCCUGGGCUGAUCGCCAGACCGAGGUCCGAAGGCAGACCGGGCCGUAUGUUCUUGCCCGAAUGUGCGUCACGCAGCUACUGAAACGCUGACGAAUUAUGUUCUCGUGCUUUGCAGCCGAUGAGGAUUCGGUUCGUCGUCUGACGUCGUCGAUUGGUACCGAGAUCCGUUCCGGCAUCUUGGAUGCGCCGUCCUGGACCUACAUUCGGGCAGCAAACGUCAGUCAUAGUAUAGGAAGAGCCUAUAUCACGUCUUCUGACCUCGACCAAGCUGAAUCAACAGACUUGUCGACGCUUGUAUGCUCCUCUCGGCACCAAACUUGGCCUGGGCGAGCACGUUCGGCUGACGCAACGCUUCGUUGAGGGCCUGACGGGGCGCAAAGCGAUCAAACCUUGGCAGGAAGGCGAGGACGUCAAGGGCGUAUUGAAGACACCGAUGAGACAAACACGACCCGGCGAAGACUACUUUGGCUCGGAGAAGAGUGAAAGCGAGGAUCGACCGAGCUCGCAAGACGACCUGGACCUGUUGGUCAAGGAUUUGACCAACUACCAGGUGGGUCCUUCUUACCACUGCCAUAGCCAUGAAGGUCGAUGCAAUUUGACCCAUCUCUUUCUUACCUGCUUCUAGGACUUGCUCUACGUCCAUGGCAUCAAGGAUGACCGCGUUCGCAACCCGAGACUCUUGCGCCGUCGCACUCUGGUCAAAAGGCUGCUGGUGCGCUUCCUCGGCGCCACCGCACUCUUCGUCAUGUGCCUACCUGGCUUGGUCUUCUGGACGCCGAUAUUCGUCAUUGCCACCAAGGCGUCGAGAAAGUUCAAGAAAGCUGGGCCGGUGUUUGAGUGUGUCCACUGUCUUUACAGCGUCUCCUGAUUUCGGCAUAUGAAGAAACUGAUCGGCGGAUUUGUAUCUUCGCAGCACUUAUGACGAGGUGAGAUCUCGGCGUCGGUUUCCGUAGUACUUCCCGAAUUCAUAUUGAACGGUAGGUUUCCCCCAUCCCUUACAGGUCGCGCAAACCAAACUGGUCUAUGGCCUCAUCGUCGGUGUCAUCGAAUGGCUAUCAGUGUGCCUGCUCACGCUUCCGCUGUCGUGGUUGACGCUCUUCAUUUUCCCCACUCUUCUGUGGCUGACACUACGAUGGUUGGAGGAUCUGACCUCGUCCCUGCGUGCGUCGAUUGCGCUCUUCCGACUCUUACUCAUUGGCAAGCGACAGCUCCGAGUUUUGCGCGACAUGCGCGAAUCGCUGAGGAUCAGAGUGGAGAACCUCGCCGUCAAGGAUUGUGGACUGCCGCGCGAUGCCGAAAAGUACAUUGAGAGGCAGAGGGGUUGGAGGCUGGCUUCCUCUUUGGGCUUUUUCUCCUUGCGCAGGAGAAGAAAGAAGGGUGCGUCGCGGUCGCUGCUCUCUCGAAGCCUGAAGCUCGACAAAAAAAUUGUGUUCAGACUCGGAAGCCCCAUCACUGACGCCGGCUCGUCUCGCUCGGAUCGACAGACUGGAACGAAAGCCUCAAGCUCUUCGAUGUCAGCGAGUAUCCUGGAGACGACAUGCCUUCCGAUCUUGUCUCGUCCGUACCUCUGACCCCGGCGGCGAUCGCAGGCCCCUCGAUGGCCAAGGCCAGCUCGAGCUUGACGAGCGUGACCGAGGAACGACCCAGGAGAGGUCGGGUGGACCGACUCAAGGUAGCCUGA